AUGCAUUCUUCCAUCAUCUUCACUCUCCUUGCCGCCACCGCCACUCUCACUGCGGCUGCCCCCUCUCUCGGGUCGAAGCGCGAUAACACCGUCUGCGCGCCUGGGACCGGCUUCUUCCAGUCUUGCUCCAACGGCUUCCGUGGAUGCUGCAAGGCCGAUGCUUGCACCAUCGGCUACUGCCCGGACGUGACCGGCGCCUCCGACAACAAGCCGGCCGAGACCACUCCCGUCACUACCGGCCACUCGGCUCACUGGCAACCCACCGACCCGACUGUCUGCGCCCCGGGGGCCGGCUUCUUCCAGUCAUGUGCCAACGGCUUCCGUGGUUGCUGCAAGGAAGACGCCUGCGCGAUUGGCCACUGCCCCUCCGCCUCUGAGAAGCGUCAAGAUCCCACUGUCUGCGCUCCUGGCUCCGGCUUCUUCCAAUCUUGCUCCAACGGUUUCCGUGGAUGCUGCAAGUCUGAUGCCUGCUCUAUCGGUUACUGCCCUCCCACCUCCGAGAAGCGCCAGGACCCUACAGUUUGUGCUCCUGGCACCGGGUUUUUCCAGUCUUGCUCCAACGGCUUCCGCGGCUGCUGCAAGCAGGACGCCUGCUCUCUCGGAUACUGCCCCGAUGUCAAGACCACCGUCGCCGAGAAGCGCGCCGCCGCCGCUGACCCGACCGUCUGCGCCCCAGGCACCGGCUUCUUCCAGUCGUGCUCCAACGGCUUCCGCGGUUGCUGCAAGCAGGACGCCUGCACCGUUGGCUACUGCCCGGAUGUCAAGACCUUCCAGACUGUGGCCAAGACCGCCCCCGAGACCUCGCCAACCCCCACCCCGGAGGCCAAGUGCGACAACAGCAACAACAACAACAACAACGGUAACGGCAAUGGCAACGCCGACCCUACCGUCUGCGCCCCCGGCACCGGUUUCUUCCAAACGUGCUCCAACGGGUUCCGUGGUUGCUGCAAGCAAGACGCCUGCACCAUCGGCCACUGCCCUUCCAACUAG